AUGGGAGUCGAUUUGAGAGACAUGAAGCCUUCCUCUCGCACGCUCACUGGCUUCAACGGAGCCUCGGAGCAAAUGAUCGAGUUGACGCCAGAGCUGGAGCAAGACCUCAUCCUACCAAGUGUAAACUGGAUCCUCCACGUCGACGGUUCAUCCACGAGUAAAGGAUCAGGAGCAGGAGUGCAAUUGCAAUCACCAACAGGAGAACUCAUUCGGCAGUCAUUCAGUUUCGGUUUCGCGGCAUCAAACAACGAAGCUGAGUACGAAUCCCUCAUCGCGGGGCUCCGUCUCGCCAAGGCGGUGAAAGCCAAACGAAUCAGUGCUUACUGCGACUCUCAACUCGUCGUAAGCCAAUACCUCGGUGAUUACGACGUCCGCAACGAAAGGAUGGACGCCUACCUCAAACUCGUCCAGGACCUUACGCGAGACUUCGAGUUCUUCGAACUCACGAAGGUUCCUCGCGGAGAAAAUGUUUGUGCUGACGCCCUCGCCGCUCUGGGAAGCAAGCUACACGACCAGGUCAAAAGGACAAUCCCGAUCCACAAAAUCGAGAAACCAAGCAUUGACACGAAGGCAGAACAGGCCGCCAUUAUAGCAGCGAUCAACGACGCGAUGGACAUUGACGAAGUGGAAUCUCCCUCGCCAGAUGAUCACCCAACAGAUUGGCGUAUGGAACUCAUCGAUUAUCUCGCGGAAGGUUUACUGCCCGUCGAAAAAUGGGACGCCCGGCGACUGAAACGACGCAGCGCACACUACGUCGUCAUGGACGGGGAACUACACCGAUGGACUGCAACAAAGGUACUACUCAAGUGUAUCGCCGGCGAAGAAACGAGACUCGUCAUGCCCGAAACACACGAAGGAGCAGCAGGCAACCACUCGGGCGGGCGAGCUCUCGCACUAAAAGUUAAAAACCUCGGAUUCUACUGGCCAACCAUGAACGCCGACUGCGAGACAUACGCGCGCAAAUGCGAUAAAUGCCAGCGUCACGCCAAAACCAUACACAGCCCAACGGAGUUUCUCCACACCUUGACUGCUCCAUACCCAUUUAUGAGAUGGGGAAUGGACAUCAUUGGUCCGAUGCCGGCAUCCCGACAAAAGAAGUUCAUCCUGGUCCUCACCGAUUACUUCACCAAAUGGGUUGAAGCCGAAGCCUACGCCAGCAUAACCGACAAGGAGGUACAAAACUUCGUCUGGAAGAACAUAAUCUGCCGACACGGGCUCCCAUACAAGAUAAUCACGGACAACGGUUCGCAAUUCAUCUCGCAUCAUUUCAAGGGCUUCUGCGACAGAUGGCGCAUUCGACUCAACAUGUCGACACCGAGAAACCCGCAAAGUAAUGGUCAAGCCGAAUCGACGAACAAGACCAUCAUAGACUGUCUGAAGAAACGACUCGAUUUAAAGAAAGGUUGCUGGGCAGACGAACUAGAUGGUGUCCUGUGGUCUCACACAGAACCACUCCUCGCGGAGCGACGAAGACUACACCCUUCUCAAUGGCCUACAACGUCGAGGCAAUGGCUCCUGCAGAAGUGA